AUGAGAUUAAAAACUUCGUUACAGAAGGAACCUAAACAUAUCCUUUGUUAUACAAGAAAGUUCCAUUUGAUAAGCAAAUCAGGACGAGUUGAGAAAAGUGUAGAUGCCCAUAAAGGAGCGGUUUUAUCUGGACGCUGGAGUUAUUUUUAUUUUUCCUUGUUAGCUGGUGAAGAUGGACAAGUAAAAAUCUGGUCAAGGAGUGGAAUGUUGAGAUCCACACUGACACAAAACAGUAACACGGUUUAUGGUGUGGCUUGGGGACCCGAUUCAGACCAGGUUUUGUUUACAAAUGGGAGACAACUGGUCAUAAAGUCACUGCAGGCAAACGCCAAACCAACAAUGUGGAAGGCCCAUGACGGUGUCAUAUUGAAUGUUGACUGGAACCCUGUAAACAAUCUCAUUCUGUCUGGGGCAGAGGACUGUCGCUACAAGGUGUGGGAUACCUAUGGCCGUAUUAUGUACAGCAGUUCUGUCCAUGAUUAUCCCAUAACCUCUGUAGCCUGGACCCCUAACGGAGAACUUUUUGCUGUGGGAUCAUUUAACACACUCCGACUCUGUGAUCAGGCAGGGUGGUCAUACUCUCUGGAGAAACCUAACACAGGCAGUCUGUUUAAGCUGGCUUGGUCCAGUGAUGGUACACAGGUGGCAGGUGCUUGUGGGAAUGGUCAGGUGCUGAUAGCCCAUGUCAUAGAAAAGCGUUUGGAGUGGAAGAAUUAUGAGGCAGUGGUUGUAGGGAGCAAACAAAUCCAGGUGCGGAAUGUGAUGAAUGAAGCCGUGGAGAAGCUGGACUUUAGAGACAGGGUCAUCAAGGUCUCCUUGUGUUUUAAUCAUCUGGUAGUGGCCACAGCUUCACAGUGUUACAUCUACAACACCAAGAAUUGGAAUACUCCUAUGAUAUUUGAUAUGAAGGAAGGCAACAUAUCAUUGAUUCUUCAGGCAGAGAAGCACUUCAUGCUGGUAGAUAGUUCUAAUGUAUACAUCUACUCGUAUGAUGGACGAAUGGUUUGCUCUCCUAAAUACCCUGGCAUGAGAGCAGAUAUUUUGAAUUAUCAGACAGUUUCUCUCAGCAAUGAUACAGUGGCCAUCAGAGAUAAAACAGAUGAGAAAGUCAUAUAUGUCUUUGAUGCACAAAAUGGAAAACCACUAGGAGAUGGAAAACCAAUCACACACAAGUUGGAGGUGAUGGAGAUAGCUCUAGACCAGUGUGGUCCCGCCACUGAGAGGAGACUGGCCAUCAUAGACAAGAACAGAGACCUCUAUCUGACCUCAGUACGAGUGUUUGGGACUGAGAGAAAGUCCAAUAAAUUAGGAAACAUGAUCCAAUCACUGUGUUGGAAUGACUCGGCCAACAUGUUAGCCGCACUGGCUGAUGGCAAGUUCACAGUAUGGUACUACCCCAACACGAUUUAUGUGGAUCGUGACUUAGCCAGCAGAACUGUGUUUGAAAAAGAAGCAAGUGAGUUUGGUAAGAAUCCACAGCUGUUGAAUUUUAUCGGUAACCACAUCAUCAUUCGUCGGGCCGAGGGUUCUCUGGUCGGGACGGGAAUCUCUCCGUACCCCGCAAUUCUACACAGCUACGUCCAAAACUCACGCUGGGACGACGCCGUGAGACUCUGUCGAUUUGUUAAGGAUGAUGUAUUGUGGUGUUGUCUGGCGGCCAUGUCAGCUUAUGCUAAAGAACUGAACACCGCAGAAAUUGCUUAUGCAGCCAUCAAGGAGGUAAAUAGUGUACAGCUCUACAACUGGGACAGGGCCCUAGAGUUGGCUGUCAAACAUAAGACACAUGUAGACACAGUGCUCGGCUACAGACAAAGGUAUCUAGAGAGGUUUGAGAAGAAGGAGAAAAACAAACGCUUCCUACAGUACAGUGAAGGGAUUGAGAUUGACUGGGAGAAGAUAGAUGCUAAAAUAGAGAUGGAAUAUCAGAAAGAGAGAGAAAGGCCUGAAAGAACACCAGCGCCCUCUGGAGCGGGAAUUAGUGACAAACCCGAGAGGUCAGAACGCCCGCGGGGACGUUCACAGUACUCCGGACACUGACCGCUACCGAAUCUCUAGGGUUAUUUAUAUCUGUGAUACAUUUAUUUAUGUUCUGACAUUUUAAGUUAAGAUCAGUGAAACGUGACAUGAUCAUUGCUUCUGAGCUGUGACUAUAACAUUUAGUGUAGAACGACGACAUCUUCAUUCCGUCCAAGGUCACACACAGCUGGUGUGUCCAUCUAGGAUUUUUAAGAACAAAUACUUACUUAAAAAAGUAAUAAAAGAAUGAAAGCACAA